GAUCAAUGUUAGGAGGAAGUCUCGUGAUAUCGCGAUUUCCUUAGUUCAAGAAGCUUUAAGAUGGCCCCACCCCGCAUUGUCGCGUCUUCAGCUAUUGCGCCUGUAGUCCAGGGAUCUGAUGAGAUAAUCAGUACGUACUGUGCUGUACCUAUCUAAAUUCAGCACUGAACUUCAAUGUUGCACUUACACACCUUCUACUCCCAUUUUACUAUAAAGCCAAGAUGGCAUCUCCAUCUUCGAAUACUAGCAAGCGGAAAGCUAAAGACAAAUCUAUAUCGCCCCCACCUCUCAAGCGCAAAGCUCAGAGCACCAUAUCAAAAGGCGCCGUAGCUAGCUUUUUUACUCCGACUUCUCAGAAGCCAAAAGAUCGAACCACGUGGAGCGAGCGCGCCCCUAACGAUGACACACCUCCCACUUUGCUUGUAGGCCGUUACGAACCCGAGAAUACAGAAGAGUUAGAUCGUAGGAGAAGGAGGAAGAUAGCCGCGUUUGACCUGGACUCGACUCUAAUCACGACCGCAUCCGGCAAGAAAUUUGGAGACGAUCCCAGCGAUUGGAAAUGGUGGGAUUCUAAUGUGCCGUCUCGCUUGCGCAAGUUAUAUACAGAAGAAGAUUACCGCGUUAUCAUCCUGAGCAACCAAGCCGGCAUAACGUUGCAUCCUGAUCCGAAAUCUAAGGCUCCAAAGGCCGGCAAUAAGAAUAAAGUUGAGAAAUUCAAGCAAAAAUGCAGUGCCGUGCUCGCGCAGCUCGACCUCCCAACCACAGUCUACGCUGCCACUGGGCGCGACAUCUUCCGCAAGCCGCGAACUGGCAUGUGGACCGAGCUCUGCCGCGAUUACGAGAUCCCCGAAGAUGAAGUCGAACUACAAGGAAGCAUAUUCGUAGGCGAUGCCGGUGGUCGAACCGCGCAACUCAAGAACUCAGAGACGGGUGCGGCGGCCACCGCCAAGGAUUUUAGCUGUUCGGACCGCAACUUCGCGCACAACGUUGGCAUAUCGUUUAAGACUCCCGAGGAAUUCUUCCUUGGCGAGCCACCUCGAGAUUUUGUUAGAGAUUUCGAUUUAGCCUCCUACCCAUAUCCUAGGACGAAUGCGGCAGAUGGCGAUGAUUCGAGUGAUGUUGCUUUCGAGAAGACUAAUGAGCAGGAUAUUGUCCUGUUUUGUGGUCCGCCAGGUGCCGGCAAGAGCAGCUUCUAUUGGCGUCACUUGAGACCUCUAGGCUACGAGCGCGUGAACCAGGAUACACUAAAGAGCCGGGCCAAGUGUUUUAAGGCGGCAGCAGAGCUUCUCGGCGGAGGGAACUCAAUAGUGAUUGACAACACGAAUCCUGACACAGACGGAAGGAAAGAGUGGGUUGAAUUCGCGCGGAAACACGACGUACCUAUUCGUUGUGUCUGGUUCAACGUGCCUAAGGCACUUUGCGAACAUAACGACGUCGUUCGGGCUCUCAACAAAUCAAUGAACCCUGAAACUCGUACAGCACUCCCUGCUCUCGCAUUCAAUGGGUUUUUCUCCCGCUUCAAAGAGCCGAAAGCUAAAGACGGUUUCCAAGACGUAAUUGAGAUGGAUUUCAAGUUUAACGGGACUGAGGAAGAAUACGCCAUAUGGGGACGUUAUUGGCGCUGAGAUUGCAACACUACUAGUACCCCUAAAUCAUAAGUCCGAAGACUUCCGUACCAGUGAGGAGCUUGGAUAUUUGUGUCAUAGAUAUCUGGGUACCUACAUAAUGAUGACUAACAAAACAUUAAGACUUUGUUCCACAUAGUAGCACACGAUUCCAUGAAAACAAUCGCGAGAGGAAUUCAUCGAAUUCUAUUUAUCUAUCAACAG